AUGUCGGUCGGUCAGCUGUUAAGAGCAGAAGAGAUAGAAGUAAGGGCCGGCUCCCAAGUGGUCGUCAGCCAGGUACUGGGUCAGUUCACCAUGAAAGGAGAAAAGCUGAAGAAGUACCUCCAAAUAAUCUGCAAUAAGCGCGACCACUUCCGUUACUUCUGCCUCCAGCAAGUCCUGAGAGGAGAGAAUCAAAAGGCAAACCAGCUGGCUAAGGCUGCAUCUAGGCAAGAAGAACUUCCCCUCCCAGAACACACCGUGGUCAGAUCGGUCGAUGCCCCAUCCAUCGUAGGAGAAGUGUCCUUCACCACCCCGGCAUCCCCCAAAUGGGCAACAAAUAUUAGGGAUUUCCUGCAAGAGGGUAAACUACUAGACAACACGAAAGAAGCGCGGAAGGUCAGGAAUAGGGUGGCUCAGUUCACCCUAUUGGAAGGGAUCCUGUACAAAUGGGCAGUACGUACUAGCAGAAAUUUGCAGGAGCCUGGAAGGAAAAGAAUUGGCUGCAAGGGUAAGCUGAGUUGGUGGGGCCUGGACCUCAUCAGCCCAUUCCCAGCAGCUCGGGGAGGGGCCAAAUUCGUAGUCGUAGCAGUCAAUUACUUCACCAAGUGGAUUGAAACGGAAGCCCGGGCAAGCAUCUCCUCUCGAAUUAUCACAAAGUUCCUGUGGAAGUCAGUAGUAUGCCGGUUCAGCGUACCUCGGAGCUUCAUAUCGGACAAUGGGAGACAGUUCGACUACGUGCAUUACUGGGAGUGGUGCGUAGAGCUUGGAAUCGAGGCAAAAUACUCCUUGUCAGGACACCUGCAAGCCAAUGGCCAAGCUGAGGCAACCAACAAGACCUUCCUUUCCACCCUGAAGAAGAAGCUUGGGAUGUACAAAGCAGUGUGGGCAGAAGAACUCCCAAGUGUACUGUGGGCAUACAGAACAACUAUUCAAACCCCUACCAGAGAAACACCCUUCACCCUCACAUACGGGAGCGAAGUAAUGAUCCCUAUAGAGGUUGGAAUACCCACCUUUCAUGCUCAGCACUUCAACCCAGACACCAAUAACAAGAGGAUAGCCGAGCAAUUGGACCUGUUGGAAGAAAAAAGGGAAGAUGCAGCCACGCAAGCGGUAAGUAACAAGCGAAAAGCGAAGCAAUAUUUCAACAGAUGA